CAGAAAAUAACGGGUCACUCUUUGACCAUGCACCUGCAUCAUCACACUAUCUUACACACACAACACUAUCUCCACCGUUCAAUAAUUGUCCAGAUAAAAACAAGCAAAGCUCACAUUUCAGUAUAGAUGCAGGAGAUUAGAACUUCAAGAAGAAGUGCAAGUGCAGAGAUGUCAAGCCCAGAGGCAAAGUUGGGUUUGCAGGUUGAGGAUCUGUGGGAUAUUCAAGAACCUCAGCUCAGUCCUUCUGAGAAGCUUAAUGCUUGCUUUGAGAGCAUCCCUGUUUCGGCCUUCCCUCAUGCUGCUGAUUCUCAAGUUAUUGAGAUCAAUUCGGAUACUAGUGUGGCUGAAGCUGUGAAGUUAAUGGCCCAACAUAAUAUACUUAGUGUUCCUGUUGUGGAUGUUGAUGCACCAGAGGAUUCUACUUGGAUUGAUAGAUAUCUGGGCAUCAUAGAGUUUGCUGGCAUUGUUGUAUGGAUUCUGCAUCAGUCAGAAAAGAAGGAUGGAUCACCAAACACGGAUUUCAUACCUGAAUCAGAAGAAAUCAUGAGCCCUGCAAUUGCAAGAGCAGCUUCUGGAAUGUCUUCUCCAAGAUAUAAAGGCGCAAACCCUUUUGAUGAGGCCUCAAUCUCUGGAGACUUUUUUGAGGCUUUGACUAACUCUGAAUUUUAUAAGAAUGCCAAGGUCCGAGACAUAUCAGGGUCAUUUCGCUGGGCUCCCUUCCUUGCUUUGCAGUCAGAAAACUCGUUUUUGACCAUGCUUCUGCUGCUAUCAAAAUACAGAAUGAAGAGUGUUCCCGUGGUUAAUCUUGGGGAAGGAAUGAUCGAGAACAUCAUUACCCAGUCUGCCGUAAUUCACAUGUUAGAGGAAUGUGCUGGUCUGCAAUGGUUUGAAAGUUGGGGUACUAAGAAACUUUCUGAACUUGGUCUUCCUCUGAUGAAGCCUAGUCGUGUCAUAAAGGUGUACGAGGAUAAGCCAGUGCUGGAGGCAUUUAAAUUGAUGAGGCAGAAGGCAGUAGGUGCAGUGCCAGUGGUUGAAAGUGGAGGCAAAGCAAUUGGAAAUAUAAGCAUCAGAGACAUUCAGUACCUUCUACUUGCACCUGCUAUCUAUAAAAAUUAUAGAUCUAUCACAGCCAAGAACUUCCUUUCUGCUGUUAGAAGCUAUCUUGAAGAUAAUCAAAAGUCAUCUCCAGUACUAAGUGAUAUAGUCAUGUGCACAAGGAAUGAUACACUGAAAGAAGUAAUCAUGAAGCUCGAUUCUAUGAAGAUUCACCGAAUUUAUGUUGCUGAAGAUGAGGGAAGUCUAGGUGGCGUGAUCACUCUGAGAGAUAUCAUUUCAAAGCUAGUACACGAGCCUCAUGGUUACUUUGGGGAUUUCUUCGAUGGAGUUUUACCUACACCAAUCAACAGCAGGGUCUGAAGGUUUAAAUCUUGAAAAGAUAAGCUGAUGGGAUCUUUAGUUUAUAUUAACCUCCUUUUUGUUGUAUUUCCUCGGUAUAUUUCUUCUUCCAACUACUUAUCAGUCUGUGUAACCUGAAAAAAGGCAAACGAGUCACUGGAAUCGGAGUAACUUAUGCUAAAGCUUAUUGUAACUUAUCUAACUUUGUCGGUCAUAGUCCUGAGUCUCCUGACUCCAGAACUUCGAAUCAGGAUGUGGGCGGAGAAUAAAAUGCAUAAUUGGGAAGUAUUUUACUUGUAUUAUGUGAAUUAUUGUUUUUUGCUUA